AAUACAAGGCAAGUACCAAAUAAAAGUAGUACGGUAUAGCUAAGCUGCGCUAGCUGAAAAUAAAAUUAAAUAGGGAUGGCAAUGCAGGAUGAGAGUGUUCGUGCCGGAACUCACAUAAGGAACCACAUGCUCAACUUCAUAAAUUCAUUUUCUCUCAAAUGUGCUGUUGAGCUAGGCAUUCCGGACGUGAUUCAUAAACAUGGUGGACCCAUCACGCUUGAAGAACUGGUUGACGCCCUCGCUAUCAACAAGGCAAAAGCCGAACACCUUGGUCGCCUCAUGAACCUCUUGACUCGUUCUGGCUUCUUUGUUGCCGCCAACGACGGGUAUGCCCUCGGGCCUCCGUCGUGUCUUCUCAUUAAGGACCAUCCCUUUAGUUUGGCACCUUUCGUGGUAGAGGUAACCGGUCCCAUAUUUGCGGGUCCAUGGCACCAUGUCAGUGAAUGGUUCCACAACGAUGAUCCGACGGCGUUCCAAACAGCGUACGGGAAAACAUUUUGGGACAGCACCAGUCAAGACCCGGAGUUUAACCAUAACUUUAACCAAGCCAUGGCGCGUAGUUCCUUACAUAUAAUGUCUUUGGUCAAAAAAUAUUGUAGGGAAGUUUUUGAGGGGCUGGAUUCACUAGUAGAUGUGGGAGGUGGCACCGGGUUGGUGGCCAGAGCAUUUGCCGAUGAAUUCCCGGAUAUGAAGUGUACUGUGUUGGAUCUUCCGCACGUUGUUGCCGGCUUGGAAGGGACUAAGAACUUGGUCUAUGUUGGGGGAAACAUGUUCGAGGUCAUACCUCCUGCACAAGCAGCUUUUCUUAAGUCGAUAACACACAAUUGGAAUGACGAUGAUUGCGUUAAAAUAUUGAAAAAAUGCAAAGAAGCAAUUCCCAGUAGGAAAAAUGGCGGAAAAGUUAUUAUCCUUGGUAUGAUUGUGGGCUCCACCCAAAGCAAAGCUGAUGACGACGAUGAUGAUGAGGAGUUAAUCCAAACCCAAAUUUUCCUUGAUCUGCAGAUGAUGGUUAAUUAUGAUGGACGAGAACGAAAAUUAAAAGAAUGGGUAAAAAUAUUCAAUGAUGCUGGCUUUACCGAGUAUAAAACAACUCAAUUGGGAUUAAUGUCUCUUAUUCAACUCUUUCCUUGACUCGCAAUUGUGCAAGCCAUCCCAUGCUAUAUAUAUAGGGCUUAAUGUCUACUGUAGUUGAAGUCUAUCCUCAAAUAAUGAUGGUUGGCCUUGUUGCAUGUGUGAUUUGAUAAAUUGUGAUGAGGGUACACCAAUUACAUUGUUGAAUAAAUAUUCAUUUAAUCAAGGUUAUUCUAUUGGGAUAUGGGAUUUGUUUUA